CAGUGUAUCCCGCCACCCGCCAAAGUCGAGGAAAUCCUGCUGACACAUUUCUUCUGUAUCUCGCCCCGCCCCGCCCCGCCCCCCUCGUUCAACACACUUGCCUUCUUCUUCUUUCCCACCUUAGACAUCAAGAUGUACGGCGCCCCCCGUUCCGGAAACUGCUUCAACUGUGGCCAGCGUGCGUGUGGUGUGGUGUGUGGUGUGACUGGUAGCAGGGGGCCUUCCUUUACGUGUGGGAUUGCCGCUCUGCUGCCAUGUCGUUGCGUUUCUGUUGUGGGGUCGUGUCAUCGCCGGGGCAGAUCCCCGUCGUGUGUCGUGCUGUGUACGGGUGUGGCGAGCGAGCGCGAAGGCGUGGAGCGAGCUAUUAGCCAGUACAUAGCGCCUUUCUCCCCCACCGUCUCCCUGCUCAUAUCUAUGAGUGGCUGGCCCGGUCGGGGCGGACCACAUGCACAUGUCGAUCAUCUCCCUCAUGUUAAUGGCUCUGCGACCCCGCAAUUCCCGCAAUCAACACGCGCCCUGCGUCAUGACAUCUCAACUAACUUUUAAGCCGGCCACAUCGCCCAGGUCUGCCCUGACGCUGGCGUCCCCACCUGCUACUCGUGUGGCCAGGCCGGCCACCUCAGCCGCGAGUGCCCCCAGCCCAAGCCCAAGGCUUGCUACACCUGCGGCCAGGAGGGCCACCUCUCCUCGGCCUGCCCCCAGGGCCCCGCCGCCUCUGGCUUCGGCGGCCCCGCCGGCGGCGAGUGCUACCGCUGCGGCAAGCCCGGCCACAUCGCCCGCCUCUGCCCCGAGAGCGGUGACGGAGCCGGCUACGGCGGCGGCUACGGCGGCGGUGGCUUCGCUGGCGGCGCCGGCGGCGGCGGCUUCGGCUCCAAGUCGUGCUACACCUGCGGCGGUGUCGGCCACAUCUCGCGCGACUGCCCCUCGGGCGGCGGCGGCCGCUUCGGCGGUGGUGCCGGCGGCGCCGGCGGCUUCGGCUCGCGCAAGUGCUACAACUGUGGCCAGGAUGGCCACAUCUCGCGCGACUGCCCCCAGGAGCAGGGCCGCACUUGCUACGGCUGCGGCCAGGUCGGCCACAUCAACGCCAACUGCCCCGCCAACCAGCAGGCCCCCGCCGCUUAAUUGCCUGAGCUGAGCUGAGCGCGCGGCGGCGCAACGAGCGACGAGCGAGUGCGAGUUGUCCAGUUGUGAAGCGAAGAAGAUCAUGCCACCACUAUCCGACCGAACUGAAUCCAUCUGAAUCCGAUCCCGACCCAUGUCGCACUGUACAUUUUCAGCCGACUUUUAAACCUUUCUUUUCUUUGCCCUCCUCCUUUUCCCCAUUCAUGUGUUUCAUCUCUAGUCGUUCCGUUAUCCGU